UGGAGUGAAUUGUUUCAGCGUUGUUGUGUUUACAUCAACAGCUUCUCGUUUGCGUGCCGCAUGCGGGCAUAGAGAGUAAAUGAGUGGAGAUAAAGACACACGUUAUUGUCAUUCCUUCAAAUUUAAAUUCUCAAUCCCACUCGAAUGCUUCAAAGCGAGUUACUUUCUUUGUUACGACAGGUACCGCGCGAAGACGAGAAACAGCAUUUAGUGAAAACUCUGCAGUGUUUGGAUGAAGUGACCAUGAAGCAGGACAGUGGUGCUGCAAACGUCCCUGCAUGCUUCAUAUCGACCCACGAAGGGUUCCUGGGAAGCAUCAAAAACUUAAUCAAAGACUUUGUGGUGACAGAGAUUGACAUCAGUGGACAGUGUGUUAACACAGAAACACAGCCGCCAGCCUGUGCCUCCUCUCACAAAUACAAUGACACCAGUGCAAAGCGCUGGGAAAACAAACACUCAGUCUCACAGGACGAUGACGACGAUGCUGAUUAUGGUGCAGAUGUCACCAUUCCCAGUCCAUGCAGCUUUGAUCUAAGUGUGAUUUUAGGUCAGGCGGUCAGUGAGGAGCUGGAGCAGUUUGUGUUGACUCUCAAAGAUGAAAACACAACCAAGCAAGAGCUUUCUCUGGGAUACUUCUCCGACAAACACCACAGAGCUAAUGUCCACCGGGCUGUCAGACACCGCUUCCCUUUCCUCAUGACCGUCACCAUCCAGCCGGAGAUCAGGGUGAGGGAAGACCCGGACUACAGGGAGCUCUCCCAGCUCGUCACUGAAGACGAAGCGGAGGACUUCUUCAGGUUCAUCGACGCCAAAGUGAGGGGCUCGUCUUAUACGUUUGGGCCUGACGACAAUAAGGAGCACAGGACGACGGUGCACCACUUCCUGAGCAGGAGGUUCGGGAAGCUGGUGGAGGCGAAAAGCUUUAACGACCAGGGGACCACAGCGAUCACCGUCAGGCUGAGAGAGCAAGGGAGGCCGAAGAAGAGGACAACUGAGGACCGAAAGGAAGAGGAGGUGUAUACUGCUUUCACUCUGUGUAAGGAGAACCUGGAAACUCUGGAGGCUAUAAGCUACAUGGCUGCAGCUCUUGGGGUCCUGCCGUCAGAUUUCACCUACGCCGGGAUCAAAGACAAGAGAGCCAUCACGUACCAGUCCAUGGUGGUCAAAAAGGUCUCGCCUCAACGGUUAAAAGAGAAGGCAGCAGAGUUUGAGAAGAGAGGCAUGCGUCUGUCCCAGAUCAUCUCGGUCGGCGAGCCUCUCAGGCUCGGGCGGCUGCAGGGGAACCACUUUGACCUGGUGGUCCGAGACCUGAGAGCACACGGGGCCAGCGACACGCACUCCCCUGGUGCAAACACACACACUCGCCUGGCAGCCCUGAUAAAAGAAGCAGUGGAGAACGUGAAGGCCAGAGGUUUUGUCAACUACUAUGGUCCACAGAGGUUUGGGGCCGUGCAGAGUGUUCAGUCUGACUGUGUAGGGCUGGCUUUACUCAAAGAGGACAUGGUCGGGGCUGUUCGUCUGUUCUUCACUCCUGAGGAAGGCGGGGAUGAUCCUCAGAGCCAGGCAAAGAGACACUUCCUGCAAACAGGUAACGCUAAGGAGUGUUUGGCAUUGAUGCCCUUAUCAAAGGCCAGGGAGCGACUGAUGCUCCGUGCCCUGAACCGCUACGGUACAGGUCCAGAUGGUUGUGCCCAGGCUUGGCUCAGCCUGCCCCACAGCACCAGAGUCUUCUACCCACACGCCUACUGCAGCAGAGUGUGGAACGAGGCGGUGGCACACAGGCUAACCACUCUGGGCCACAGCGUCAGGAGAGGAGACCUGGUGUGGUUCCAGCAAGGACAAAAGAAGCUGGAGGACACAGGAGAAACCAGCUCCCCUCAGAUCCAUGUGGUGACAGAUCAAGAGGAGCAGGAGGGAGUUUACACACUGGGACAGGUGUUGCUUCCGAUGCCAGGAAACACUGUCAAGUAUCCAGAAAACUCCAUGGGGUCCUGGUUCCAGGAAAGACUGGCCAGCGACGGACUGGGCGACUGUCGCUUCAGAGUCGGUAGCCUCAAGCUGAAUCUGCCUGGAUGCUACCGCCCCCUGCUGGCCUGCCCGCGAAACCUCCGCUACAAGCUGAAUCGACCAGGCUGUGAGGAAGGAGGAGAAGUUUCAGGAGGUAGCAGGAGAAAUGACGGGCAGCGCAAUGGUACACCGGUAGAAGGGAAGGAGGACUCGCUCACUCUGACCUUAAACUUUGACCUUGACUCGUCCUGCUACGCGACUAUCUGCCUCCGAGAGAUCAUGAAGUGUGACCCCUAGAGGUCGAGGGACAUUGUUACUGCUGUAUUUCUACAAACUAUUAUUCUUAGUGGUAAAUACCUUUUUUGUAAUCCAAUAUUGUGACAUAUUAUCAGUCUGUUUUUUUGUUUUUUUUUGGUUUGUUGUUAAAAUAAUGAGCAAAGGAACUAAAAAAAGAAUAAUGAGCAAUUAAUGAAUGUGAACAAAUCUAAGUGUAACACCGCGUGAACAACAUUUGUGUUUUGUGCCCUGAAUUAAAAGGAUUUCACCCAA